AUGGAAGAGUACAGAGAAUCGCACAAGACAGAGAAAAGAAAGAAAGACACUGACGAUAGGAAGACAGUGACAACAGUACUGGACAAAAAAACACUAGAAAUUCUGGGGAAGUUGCAGAGGCAAGGCCUAAUAAUAAAGAUGCAUGGGGCAGUUAGUGUGGGGAAGGAAGCAAGCAUAUACCUCGCAACGGCUUCACCAAACAUAUGGAGUAAGCUUUGUAAAAAGCAGGAAGUAUCUGACGACCGCCCAAUAAUAGUGGCAAUAAAGAUAUACAAAACAUCUGCAAUGGUUUUUAAGGACAGGGAGCGGUAUGUAGUUGGGGAGAGAAGAUUUAAGCAGUAUCCAAGAAGGAAUUCAAGAAAACUAGUAAAGCUGUGGGCAGAGAAAGAGGUAAGAAAUCUUAAUAGGCUACAGAAGGCCGGAAUACCAUCGCCCAGACCACUUUUUCUACGAAGAAAUAUUCUUAUUAUGACAAUGAUUGGAGACUGCACGCAGAUAGACUCAAAGAAAGAGGAAUCUUCUGGGGAUAAUUAUACUACUCAGAAAUUGGCAUGUGCAGAGGAAGAAAACAAAGAAUUUAGUGUGGAUGUAGAGGACAGUGGCGAUGAUACAUCCGCCAGCACAAUGAGCGAAGAAACAGAAAGCAUAAGUUUUACUAGUGAUGAAGACGAGUGCUUCUCUUCAACCACAGAUAAUAACACAAGUGGGAAUGAGCUGGAUAACAUAAGCAUAACACUAAGUGAUGCAAGUGAUGAAGACAUGGACAGUGCGUAUACAGACCAUAUUUUAGAAGUGGAGGAAGAGAGUUUGCUAGAUGUAGAGUAUCCCGCGGAUAUAAUACCAGGCGUAGAUACAGUCCCGAGUGUAGAAGAAUCUCCAGAAAUAUCUGAGAAGAGUGCUGGGGGCAGUAUUGGGUGUGGUGAAGUUUCGCUACUAAAAGAACCAUCAACAGCUCAAGAGGCCUCUAGUAAGUUGGCAGACAUAAUAAGUAAAGAAGAGUAUUCCAAGAAUGAAUCUAAGCAUAAACCAAAAGAUAAAAAGGAUAAAGAGCCCAUAUAUGUUGAAGAGCGGUGCAGAAGAAUAGGAGGAAUAGCUCCAAAUUUGAAAAGUGCUGGAUUAAAAGGAGAGCAGCUGCAGGACGCAUAUAAUCAAGUUGAUUCAUUGAUUAAGCAGUUAUAUAAUGAGAGCGGGCUUGUGCAUGCCGAUCUGUCUGAGUACAAUAUGCUUUAUUGGGAAGGAGUCGUUUAUAUUAUUGAUGUAAGUCAGAGUGUUGAAAGGCACCAUCCAAAUGCCAAUGAGUUCCUUAGAAUGGACAUUUCCAACGUAAACAAAUACUUCUCCCGGCUGGGUGCUCAAGUAAAGAGCGAUAAUGAAUUAUUUAGAGAAAUCGUUGGGGAUGAGAGUAUCUUGAAAACUCCUAAGAUAUAUUCAGACGAAGAAGAGAGUAAAGACACAUUGGAUACAGAUGCAAUGCAGAGCACAGAUGCUGCUGACUCUAUUAGAAAGAAAAAAGAACAUGUUUUGCUAACAAAAGAAGAGAAGAAGAUCCAAAAGAAGCAGGUAAAAGAGGAGAACAGAAAGAAGAGAGAAAACAAAAUUUCCAAGAAAGAUAAAAAGAUGCUAAGUAGAAAGAUAAGAAUACGAAAAGAAGGAAAGAAUAAAUAA